AAAUCUUUUGUCUUUUGUUUCCUAGCAAAUGCAUUCAUUCAAUUCUGGUUUUCUCUCUUUAUGAUCACUCUCUCUAGCUAUUCAAUUGUAAGUUUGUAACCGACUCUCUUCUCUACUUACCCUCCUUUCCUCUCUCUCCCCAUGGAAAAAAUGACAUGAUUUUAAGUGGAAAAAACACAAGGCGGUUUCAACAAUAUUAAUGGGGUUUUCUUUGGCUAUUGAUCCAGAAGCAGAACAACAAAAACCACAACAAGAGCAAGAGUUUACAAAGUUUCUAGGCUCUUCCAUGAUCAUGGCUUCUGGUGUAGUUAAGAGCACCAAUUCAACAACAACAACCACAACUCGUCUUGAACCACCACUCCCACCACCAUCUCACCAUCUUCAUCAUCAAAUUCAAGAAAAUCAAAUUUCUUUUGGAAUGGUUAAUCCAUCUUCUUCAUCAUCCUCUAUCCCUGGAAAUUACCUAAGCAAAGAUUCUGGUUCUUAUGAUUUGGGUGAAUUGGAUCAAGCAUUUUUUUUGUAUCUUGAUGGUCAAGCUGAUCCAUCCAGUGUUCAAGACCAAAGACAGAACUCAUCAUCCUCAGGAAUGAGACCACCACCAACUCUCAACAUUUUCCCAUCUCAGCCUAUGCACGUGGCUCCACCAUCCAAUUCAAAGACCAGCAUGCAAUUACCUUCUCCACAAACUAGUGGUUCCAAGAGAUCUACACAACCGUCCAUGGAGUUGGCCAACCCCCGAAAUCAAGCCAUCACCUCUGCACCUCAACCACCAAAAACUGUAAAGCGAGAGAACAAUCGAAAGGGUACUACCUCAAGUUCGGAACAGGAAGGACCCAAAACGCCAGAUCCUAAGACACUGAGAAGACUAGCUCAGAAUAGAGAGGCAGCAAGGAAAAGCAGGCUCAGGAAAAAGGCUUAUGUUCAACAACUAGAGUCAAGUAGGAUCAAGCUUAAUCAGCUGGAACAAGAGUUACAGCGCGCCAGAGGUCAAGGCAUGUUAUUGAAUGGAGGUGGGCUUUUAGGAGGAGAGCAAGGCAUUUCUGUUUCCAUGAACAACAUAAGCUCAGAGGCUGCAAUGUUUGACAUGGAAUAUGCGAGGUGGUUAGAGGAGCACCACCGAGUAGUGUGCGAGAUGAGGGCUGCGUUACAAGAGCACCUUCAUGAAAACGAGCUUCGGUUAUAUGUGGAGAAUUACUUGGCUCACUAUAAUCAAUUACUGAGCCUCAAGAGCAUGGUGGCCAAAACGGACGCGUUCCACCUUGUUUUUGGCAUGUGGAUGACACCAGCUGAACGCUGCUUCAUGUGGAUCGGUGGGUUUAGGCCAUCUGAACUCAUUAAGAUUAUUCUAAGUCAAAUUGAGCCUCUCACGGAGCAACAAAUACUUGGAAUAUGUGGAUUGCAACAAUCAACACAAGAGGCAGAAGAAGCUCUUUCUCAAGGACUUGAAGCUCUUAACCAUUCUCUCUCAGAUACUAUAACAUCUGACUCCUUGAGUUGUCCUCCAAACAUGGCUAACUACAUGGGACAGAUGGCUGUUGCAAUGAACAAGCUCUCCACUCUUGAAGGCUUUUUGAGACAGGCAGAUAAUCUUAGGCACCAGACCCUUCACCGUCUCCACCAGCUGCUAACAACACAGCAAGCGGCGAGGUGUUUGGUGGCAAUAUCUGAGUACUUCCAUCGUCUACGAGCACUGAGUUCUCUGUGGUUGACUCGCCCUCGCCAAGAAUAGUGAGUGGUGGUAGCAAUGUUACAUUCCAUAUAGCUGCCAAUGUGCGGCUAGCUAGCUAGAUAUAUGACCUUUCUUGUAGUUUCUUUAAUUUCUCUUGAAUUAUAAAUUAAGUGUCCUCUUUUAAAAUGGUAUAUAUUACUUCCCCUCUCUUUCUCCA